CUCAGCUUUCUUACCCAUUAUCGUUUGGAUGAGCUUGUGAAAGGUCUUUGAACGGAAAAAUUUGUGAAGUAGUCCUGGUUUGGGAUUUCAUCAUUACAAUCAAUGGCAGUCUGGAUUGUCUACCUGUCUCUCUGCCUUCUCUUUUCUAUGAGUGGUGCAGAGGAAAUACAGCAUCAGAGAGCAGCCAGAAACACACUCUGUAACAAUUGUCCAGUUGGGUGGGCUAAAUAUGCAUGUAGAUGCUUCAAGUUUUUCAGCCCUUUAGUCACCUGGAUUGCUGCAGAGAAAAACUGUUUGACUUAUGGUAGUAACCUUGCUUCUGUCCACAACCAUGAUGAGUACAUUUUUAUACAGAACAUGAUCCAACGCCUGACUCAAUCUUCAACAAGAACCUGGUUAGGAGGAAAUGAUGCAGUUUCUGAGAACUCAUGGCUUUGGAGUAAUGGUAAACCAAUGAAUUACCAACUUUGGUUACUUGGAGAACCCAAUAACUCUGGAGGUCAUGAGCACUGCAUUGAGAUGAAUGUUGGAGAGACAAGAAACUGGAAUGAUUUGAACUGUUUUGAGAACAGGCCUUAUGUGUGUGGCAAAUACUGAACAUCAGCCUCACCUUUUGUUACACUUUAAAUGUUACACCAUUUAAAUGUUAACUGUUCAGAGGAGCUCAAUAAAUAUCAAGCAAAUCACAUAAAGUUUUUUUUUUAAAGCAAGUAAGAUCGCCAAAUAUCUCAUGGCUAUCUAUCAAGCAGUCACGGCAAAACAGAAGAAAAAAAAAACUAAUAAUUUUUGUCUUGUUUUCAUGUAAAUCUAACUAUAUUUAAUGAAGUUUAUGCUUAAAACAAGAAAAAUCGAUUUUCCAGUUGGCAGGGUUGUGGAGUAACAGGAUUACGUAUUUAAAAUACAAAAUAUAAGUAACUGUAAUCAUUUAAAGUUACAAUAAUUGAUAAUUAGAAUACAGUUACAUUCAAAAAGUAUUUUGAUUACUGAAUAGAUUACUUUGCAUUUUAUUGUCAUUUGUUUCAUUUAAUAUUUAGUCAUUUCAGAUGGAAAACAUUUAUACAUAUAAAUGAUGCGAUCCAAAAUGCAUUUGAACAGCGGUGAAACACUUUCUUAUGAUGUGUUACAUUCAUACGAGCAGAAGUAAGAUUGAAGUAAGUUUGGAGCAGAAGAAAUAGAAAUAAACCUUGAGUAAAUUGUCAGCUUUAAACUAAGCUCAAAUUAAAUUUCUAGCCAUUUUACAUGCACAUGAUACAGACACGAUCAUGUUUUUUUCAUCAAGAAAAUUCACAUUAGAUCACAAUUUCUUUUUUCUAUUGUACUAUGAUAAACUGAAUUAUGAAUGUUAUUCAAUAUGUUACAUUUUUAAUCAUUAAUUUAUUGAUUUAAUUAUCAUUUUACUUUGAUAAUCAAGGUGCAGAACAAUGGAAAAAUACAGCUUAGAGAUUCACAGUCUCUCUCUGUGUCUCCUUGUAAGGCCCUUUCUGUGAAUGCUUUUAAUAGACCAGAAUCAGAUAAUGCAUGAUUUGAUACAGACAAUAUGUGGAAUACGGAGUACUGGGAUGAAUCAGGAUGCAGAUCAGGAGGAAUAGGGAAUCUCAAGGAUAAUAAAAACACCUGUGGAAGCACAUACACUUCUCCAUCUCGCAGGAAUGUGAGAACAUGAUUUGAAAUGGUUUUUCAUUAUCAGUAUUGAGUGUGGAUUAUUGUCAAUAAUGCUGCUGAAGAAGCAGGUAGACGGCCCUGUCACGUGACUGUAGGCUUGCUUUGAAGCAGAGGCAGCGGCAGCCGAUUUUGCCGGGGCUUCAGCCCCGAAUGUUUUGAGUGUAGCCCCGAAUGUAUUUUGAAUAGUUGACUGACAAAUAUGAAACCGGACAAAAGCCUAUGUAAACCCCCAAAAUCAUAAGUUGCCUUAUUUCAUUGUGUUUUGGCUUUGCACAUACUGCAUACAGCCUGUAAAAAUAGACAAAGGCAUAAUCUAGCCUAUAGAAUAAGUUUCUCUGCUGUCGGUAGCCUAUGGGCGACUCCGUUUCUUCCUCUCUGUUGAAUAUGCAGCAGGUAGAGGAGGAGCUUGCACAGUCGUUGACAUCAACUAACGUUACUUAGUGGCGAGUUAACGGCAAUUAGCAGGAAAGACAAAAAUUAAGCAAAUGAGGCUUUGGGGAUUUUUCCGAAAGAAGUCAGUGGGUAAGAAUUCACAUUUGUUUUUGUCCUUAAAGUCUUAAGAUCAUCAUCUGGCUGGCUUUCACCCACAGUAGGUUAAACCUCAAGAGUUUUAGCCUCUGAUCUCCUUGUGUAAAUUGACGCAGCUUGUUAGCUCCUUGUUAGAGCAGUCGCCUCUCAUGCAGGUGAUCGCGGUUCGAGCCUCGUUCGGAUCGUACUUUUCUUGUUUAUCAGGUGUUGUUUUCGCUAAGGAUAACCAGUAAGCAAUAACAUAAGUGGAAGAUUUAUUUGCAUUUUGGACCUUCAAAGGUCUGAUCACCAUUCACUUGCAUUGUAUGGACCUGUAGAGCUGAGAUAUUCUUCUAAAAAUCUUUGUGAGCUGCAGAAGAAAGAAAAAGUCAUAUACAUCUGGGAUGGCUUGAGGAUGAGUAAAUAGUGAGAGAAAUUUCAUUUUUGGGCCUUUAUAUAUAGCCAAAAUGUCCUAAUUUCAAGCCAAAAUCCAAUAUCCCCACUCCAAGUAAGUAAACACUGAGCCGGUGUGACGCUUUCAACAUUCCUCUGUUUGUAUGAGCGACCUGACAUAGCAACAUUGUCUCGGACAAUGUUAUGAGGUUGGGAUGGGAUUACAUGUUUGUCCGUCCAAUGGCAAAUUGGUGAAAGUGUUCAGUUUUACAUUUCACUAUUCAUUGUAUUAUUUUUGCAGUUCCGUUUUAUGCCACUGGUGGCGCAGAAAUGACACGCCACCAUUAAAACUAGACUGAAAGGCUAAAAAUUAAGCAACCUUUUAAAAACGAACAAUUAUUGCUUUUUAAAAGUAUUACAUUUUGCUUCUCAACUAACAU